UUGUUUUGGGGUCUCGGUGUAUUUUGAUAAAUUUCUCCUUACAUCUUUAUUUUCUCACAUUUUUUUACUUACUUUUAUUUGUCUUGAGGAUGCUUGUGGAAAAGUGGAGAGAAGGUCAUUUGCCUUUGUAGACUUAGAGAAAGCCUAUGACAGAGUACCAAGAGAGGAACUGUGGUACUCCAUGGGCAAGUCUGGUGUGGCGGAGAAAUGUUAGAAUAGUACAGGACAUGUAGGAGAGCAACAGAACAGCGGUGAGAUGUGCCGUAGGUGUCAGAAGAAGAAUUUAAGGUGGAGGUGGGACUGCAUCGGGGAUCUGUUCUGAGCCCCUUCCUGUUUGCUGUAGUAAUGGGUAGGCUAACAGAUGAGGUUAGACUGGAAUCCCCUUGGACUAUGAUGUUUGCAGAUGAUUUUGUGAUCUGCAGUGAAAGCAGGGAAGAGGCGGAGGAACAAUUAGAAAGAUGGAGGCACGCACUGGAAAGGAGAGGAAUGAAGAUUAGCCGAAGUAAAACAGGAUAUAUGUGCAUGAAUGAGAGGGGUGUAAGGGGAAGACUGAAGCUCCAGGGAGAAGAGAUAGGGAAGGUGGACGACUUCAAAUACUUGGGGUCAACAAUACAGAGCAAUUGAGUGUGUGGUAAAGAACUGAAGAAAUGGGUCCAAGCAGGGUGGAACAGCUGGCAGAAGGUGUCUGGUGUUCUAUGUGAUAGAAGAGUCUCCACUAGGAUGAAGGGCAAAGUCUAUAAAACAGUGUUGAGGCCAGCCAUGAUGUAGGGCUGAGAGAUGGUGGCACUGAAGAAAAAACAGGAAGCAGAACUGGAGGUAGCAGAAAUGAAGAUGCUGAGGUUCUUGCUUGGAGUGAACAGGCUGGGUAGGAUUAGAAACGAGCUCAUUAGAGGAACAGCCAAAGUUGGAUGUUUUGGAGACAAGGUUAGAGAGAGCAGACUUCGAUGGUUUGGACAUGUUCAGAGGUGAGAGAGUGAGUAUAUUGGUAGAUGGGUGAUGAGGAUUGAGCUGCCAGGCAAAAGAGCGAGAGGACGACCAAAGAAAAGGUUGAUGGAUGUUGAGGACAGUGGGUGUUAGAGAGGAGGAUGCACGAGAUAGGCUUAGAUGGAAAAAGAUGACACACUGUGGCGACCCCUAACGGGACAAGCCGGAAGGAAAAGAGGAAGAAGAUUAAGAAGUACAGUAUUCCUGGUCAUGUUCCCUUUAAUUUCUUUUAAUAUUAGGAUUUUAUUGUCAUUUCAUUUUAAUUCUGUUUUCAUAAAAUUCAGCUCUUUUUAAACUCAAUAUUUAUUUUCCUUACAUCCUUUUUUUUCCCCAGUAAACUUUUUUUUUUUCUUUCUCAUAAAAUCCCAAUUUUCUUAGUGGAUUUGUCAUGUAUUUAUCUAUUUAUCUUUAACCCCAGUUAAGUCAGGUCAACUCAUGCAACCUCCUGGAAGACAGCGAGAAUAUCCCGAAGCAUCUGCCCGACAGAUUUCGCUUCCUUGAGAAAAACGUGAAUGGGGGCGAAUUGUGCAUUCUUAAGUCAGUGGCAGAGCCCGACCUUUGUCUGUCCAUCCAGCGGGGCCAGAAGAAGCGGCUAACCCUCGGCAACACCGGGAGUCCCCUGGUCCUCAAAUUCCAAAUGUGCUCUCUUGACAAUGAUCUGCAAUGUGCUUGAUGUGCCUUCAAUACUAGCGAUAAGCAUGUCAAAAACCUAAAUUAUGAAUUCAACAAGUUAAAUUAGAGACGACAAAUCACGGAGCUUGAAACUUUUUGUGCAGUCAUACUUGGACUUAGUCAUUUAUGAGCAAACUCAUAACUCCAUCAAUCAAAAUUGCCCAUUGAAACUAACUGCAGUACUGUACUCAGUUUUUUUUUCAAUAAAGAUCGCACUGUAUUAUUAAAAGCUAAAAAUAAAAUUCAAAUUUUUUUUUUAGACAGCAUAGUUACUGUACUGUGUUGUUGUGCCUUUAAGCGGCGGGGGCCUAGUGAGUGACAUCAAGAGCUGAAGUCUGGUUGGUAUCGCUAGUCUGCCUGCUUGUGAGCACCAGGUUUAGUUGUGGCUUACAGCAGCUCGCUGAUUGCGCCAUUUCCACCCCCAAGUGUAUUCUGUCCAUGUUAAGUGUUUCUACAAAAAAUAAAAAAAACAAAUAAAAUUGAGUGAAACAAUAUACUGUAUUGAGAUAAUUGUGAAAGCCAUGAAAAGAAACCUUCAAUUCUCAGAUCUCUAGUGUAUUUUUGUAAUGCAAUCAUCUGCCAUUUUGCCACUAAUUUUACAUCUCUUCUUAGUGAAUGUUUUUUUCUCUGAAUUUAUAGAUAUUAAUACAAAUCUUGUUUACAUUAAAAAGAAAAUCCUUUUUCUCCCUCCAAGUUUGAGCCAUUGCAUGUGCUUCUGUAUAUUAUAAUAUUUUGUGUUUCUAGAUGUUUUCCGUGUUAAUGUUAGUCAGGAGUAAUUUAUGCGAAAGGUGGCUGAAUUUCUGAGUAUUUUUAGAAUUAAAUCAAGUCAUUCCGGGUCAUCUCGCUCGGAUAAGGUAGGGCAGGAAAGUUCUUGAACAAACCAAGAAUCUGAACAGGCCCAGAGAGAAAGAGAGGCAUUUUGCAUGUUUGGGAGGAAUACACAAAACAAUCCACCACAAUAUCAUUUGGAGCACUUUGCAAUCAUCAAUCCAUUUUCUGAGCUGCUUAUCCCCACCAGGAUCACGGGAGUGCUUGAACCUAUCCCAGCUGUCAAUGGCAGGAGGCAGGGUACACCCUGAACUGGUUGCCACACAAUCGCAGGGCACAUAGAGACAGUCAUACUCAGAAUCACACCUUGGGGCAAUUUAGAGUGUCCAAUUAUUAUUGUAUAUUUUUGAGAUGUGGGAGGAAAUCGGAGUGCUCGGAAAAAACCCACGCAAGCAUGGGAAGAACAUGCACUCCACACAGGUGGGGCCUGGAUUUGAAUCCCAGUCCUCAGAACCGUGACGCCAAUGCUCUACAAAUAUCCAUAUAUUUAGCAAAUACAUAGAAUUUUCGUUAUCCUAUGUGACCUAAAACAGGGAAUGUCUGAUUUUAAAGUCAUAGGGCAACAAUGAAAGUGUCUAAAUGCUGCGUGCUGUUCCUGCUGUGCGCGCCUCGGCCUCUUGGGGGCAGUGUAGUGCAACGAAUCCACGGAACUGCAUGUUUGCAGUAUCAAAAGAAUAAAGUACAAAAACAUUGCGCUAAAACAUAAAUAUAACCCAUUUCUCUUCACUGAUUAGGGAGAAAAUAUACAUGUUCGCGAUACCCGUCCUGUUCCCCUCUUAAUAAGGUCAAACUGCUUUUGGUUCUCAGCUUCCUACAACAUAGCAACAACGUGCAGCAAAUCAAACCAUGAGCAGCAACUACAACGUCACUCUCUCUGGCCCCGCCCCUUGGGGCUUUCGCCUCCAAGGCGGAAAAGACUUCAACCUGCCUCUCACCAUCUCCAGGCUGAAUGAUGGAAGUAAAGCGGCCAAAGCUGGCAUUGCUAUCGGAGACAUGGUUCUGUCCAUUGACGGCAUUCCCACCGAGGGGAUGAAUCACCUGGAGGCCCAGAACAAAAUCAAGAACUGCACAGGCAACCUCAGCCUCACCUUACAGAAGGUUGCCAGUGUCUCCAAGCCCCCUCCAGUGGCACCAAAGGUGAACAGGUGUGACAUCAUAAAACCUGUACCCAUGGCACAUUCCCCUUCCCCACCCAACAAGACUCCCAAACCAAAUGGGGGCUGCGGGUCAGAACGUUCCUCGGCCUCCUUCAUUCCGUCUCCGUCGUCCGCCUUCACCCCCGCCGUCUCACACCCUCAUCCCGCUUCCUCGUUCCCUGUGGGCCCGCCGCAGUCGUCCGUGUACAACACACCCAUCCACCUCUACUCUGCUGAGAAUGCCUGUGAAGUGGCCGUGGGGCAAAGGCGAGGCCUAUUUGAGAGUCAGGGUGGACAAGCAUUUAAUGGGCCUCCUCGAAGACACAUCGUGGACACGGACAUCCACUUUUACCACGUGCCCACCCACGCUGAUGCCAGCCGGAAGCGCAUCAUGGAGGACACAGAGGACUGGCGCCCACGCACUGGGACCACCCAGUCCAGAUCUUUCAGGAUUCUGGCUCAGAUUACGGGCACCGAGAAUGCUCCAGAAGAAGAAGCAGACACAGCCAAGAAGACAAAUCAAGAAGAGCCCAGCAAGCAUGAAUCCGCUCCUAUCAAGACCAUGAUCAAAUCGCCCACAACAACUCAAGCAGGCAUCAGUCUACUGGGUGGUUUAAUCACACCUUCCUUUGGUGUGAAGUCCAAUGGCGGCGUGCCCAGUUUUCCUGCGCCCGCACGCCUUGUGCCUCGGGCCCACCCGAAAGACGAGGACUCGCUGGUACAAAUGGCGGAGCACUACCCCGCGGGGACUCGCACUCCCAUGUGCGGCCAUUGCAGUAAGGUUAUCCGAGGACCGUUUUUAGUAGCUAUGGGCAAAUCGUGGCAUAAAGAAGAAUUCAAUUGCAUCCACUGCCGCACAUCCCUGGCCAACAUCGGCUUUGUGGAAGAACAAGGCUGUGUUUACUGUGAACAUUGCUACGAAGACUUUUUUGCACCGACGUGUAGCCGCUGCCAGGCCAAGAUACUGGGGGAAGUGAUCAACGCCCUGAAGCAGACGUGGCACGUCUACUGCUUCCUCUGUGCCUCCUGUCAGCAGCCCAUCCGAAAUAACACCUUCCACCUGGAGGAUGGGGAACCUUACUGCGAGCGAGACUUCUACAGUUUGUUUGGCACAGGCUGCCAUGGCUGCGAGUUUCCCAUUGAGGCGGGGGACAAGUUCCUGGAGGCGCUGGGCUACAUGUGGCACGACACCUGCUUUGUGUGCGCCGUAAGUACAAGGGACAGUUCAUCAUCUUCAGCUCCUACAUUUCCCACUUCAGAGUCUUUUAUUGUUUUUUUUUUCCACCCCAGGUUUGCUCCACCAGUCUGGAGGGCCAGCCCUUCUUCUCCAAGAAAGACAAACCUCUGUGCAACAAACAUGCACAAACACUAAAAAUAUAACUUUUUUUUUUUUUAGGUAAUUUUUUUUUUCAAGAUAUUUUUUCUUACAAUACCAGGAGCACUAAUAUAUCUAAUAGUUAUAGAGAUACAGAAUUGUUUUUACAACACAGCAGUAAUACAAUUUACAAUUUGACAUGCAAUUUAUUUUGUAUUCUAUCAUUUUUUUGCUUUUUUUAAAAUCAUUUUGAGCUAACUUUCAAAAAAAUUUAUUUUUUAAAAACAUAAUUGGAAGAUGGUCUACUAAAUAAUGGAAAAUAGACUAGUAUUUAAGCAUUCAACAUGUACUGUAUGUAAAAAGGUCAACAUUACCCGCACACUAUAUUUAUGAUACAGUUUAAUUGGAUCAUACAGUUCUGUAUUUUUCAGCAUAUUGUCAUGCACAAUGUGAUAAAUUAUUGGAGAUAUUUUCUACUAACUUGGCUACUAAUGCAUGCAAUGAACAAAAAUGUAAAUGCAACACUUUUUUUGGCUCCCAUUUGUCAUGAGCUAGACUUCACAAUGUAAAACUUUUCUACAUGCACGAGAUGUCAUAUCCCUCAAAUAUUGUUCAAAUAUUGGCCACAAGGGUGGCACGUUGACUCAGCUGGAAAGCGUCAGUCUCACAGUUCUGAGGUCCUGGGUUCAAUCCCAUACCCGCCUGUGUGUUCUGCCCGUGCCUGCAUCGGUUUUCUCCAGGCACUCUGUUUUUCUCCCAUCCCAAAAACAUGCAACAUUAAUUGGACAUGCUAAAUUGCUCCUAGGUAUGACUGUGAGCACGGCUGUUUGUCUCGAUGUGCCCUGCGAUUGGCUGGCAACCAGUUCAGGGUGUACCCCGCCUCCUGCCCGUUGACAACUGGGAUAAGCUCCAGCACUCCCCUAAGGAACUGGAUGGAUGGAUAUUGGCCACAAUAAAAGCCAACUCUGAGAUGUGCAGUUUUGCUUUAUUGUGGGGAUCUGCGGGAGGGGGUUGGGGAUCAGAAAACUAGUCAGUGUCUGAUGUGGCCAUAUUUUGCCUCACGGCGUGCAACACGUCCCCUUCGCCUAGAGUUGGUCAGGUUAUUGAUCGUGGCCUGUGGAAUGGGGGUCCAAUCCUCUUCAAUGGCUGUGCAAAGAAUGCUGGAUAUUGGAAAGAACCAGAACACCCUGUCAUAUAUGACGAUCCAGAGCACCCCAAACAUGCUGAAUGGGUGCAGCGAGGCCGAGACCCUGAUGAGGCUGACCUGCAUGCAAAUGACCUUCCCUGAGAUGAUCGUUGACACUUUUACAGAACUUCUUUGGUGAUCCAAACCCAUUGCCGCAGCAGCUGUCCGGGUGGCUGAUCUCAGGUGAUCAUCAGGUUAACGUGCUGGAUGUGGAGGUGCUUGGCUGGUGUGGUUAGACCUGUUCUGCGGUUUUGAGGCUGGUUGGAUGUAUUCCCAAAUUGUCUGAAACCCCUUUGGAGAUGGCUUAUGAGAGAGGAAUGAACAUUGGCGCCACAGUCAACGAGUCUGGUAGACCUGCAGUCAGCGUGCCAGUUGCAUGUGCCCUCAGAACUUGCGGCAUUCUGCUGUGUGACAAAACUGCACAUUUCAGACCGGCCUUUUAUUGCGCCCAGCCUUUGGCACACCUGUACAAUAAUCAUGCCCUCUAAUCGGCAUCUUGGUAUGCCACACCUGUGAGGAGGGAUGAAUUAUCUUAAUGAAAAAAAUGCUCAUUAACACAGAUUUAGUUUGUGAACAAUAUUUGAGGGAAGUAGCCAUUUGCCUGUGGAGAAAAUAUUUUAGAUUUUAGAGUGUAGCUCACAAAAAAGGGGAGCAAAAACAGGUGUUAUGUUUAUUUUCCUUUUCAUUGUAUAUUUUAAGAUGAACUGGCAAAAAAAAAAAGAAAUGUUUAAUAGUAUAGUACUUUACAAAAAUGUGUGUAUAGUAUAGUUGUUGUAGUUGUAGUGGGAAUAAUAAAGGUCUCAUUUGAAAGUGAGUAAUAGUUUUAACAUAACGAAACCCCAUUUGUUUUUUUUGUAUUCUAUAUAUUUUUUGCUUUCAUCAAAAUAUUGAAAUUUUGUUGCGAAAGUUUUUUUUGUAAUUUGAAAAUGGUGGAUUCAGUAAUUGCAGUAAUAUGCAUUGGAUAUAUUAAAAAAAAUAAGAUACUAUAUUAUCCACACACUGUACUGACAGUAUAGUUCAGUCAUAAACAUUAUUACAUUACUAAUACCCAUCCAUCCAUUUUCUGUGCUGCUUAUCCUCACAAAGGGCAGGAGGCAGGGUACACCCGGAACUUGUUGCCAGCCAAUCAGAGGGCACACGUAAACCGCACUCACACCUAGGGGCAAAUUAGAGUCUCCAAUUAAUGUUGCAUGUUUUUGGGAUGUGGGAGGAAACGUAAACUCCACA